GAGACUGCAAUUGGCACAAGGGCUUGCAGUCGCCGUCAAGCAGGCAUUUAGUGACGCACGAACUUCUUCCGAUAGAGGUAGCCGCUGCAGCAGCAUAAAUUCCAAAUGACGUUGUCGAAUCGAUCCAAUAUCCAUUCCAAAUGGAAAUUAACGAAAAUCAUAUUCAAAUUGAGAAUGGUGUUGAUAUUGGGAAUAUUAACUCUUUUCUAUUUACGUUUUCUGUUGAUGGAAAACGCGGUGAAAAAUUUCGAUGAAAAUGAAAAUUCAUGGAUCGAAACACGGUAUAGCCGUAAAAUCUUAUCUGUGGAUUAUUGGCCCCAUGAAUCGAAUGUAGGCAAUUGUACUCCUCCCGCUAUUUUGGAAUUCCCCUCGGACGGCUUAACGCGGGACCAACGCAUCCAUGGCUGGAUAAUUCUACACAUUCUGGUGGUUUUCUAUGGUUUUUGGUUUCUGGCUGCAAUAUGUGAUGAUUACAUGGUGCCAAGUAUUGAGCAGAUCUGUUCGAAUUUUAAAAUAGACGAAGAUGUAAUCGGGGCCACAAUCAUGGCAGCUGCUGUCUCUAGCCCAGAACUCUUUAUGAAUUUCGUGGGUACCUUCAUAACCAAGGGAGACAUUGGUGUGAGUGCUAUUGUGGGUUCGGCUGUGUUUAAUAUCCUGGCUGUGCCAGCAUGUUGUGGUCUAUUUGCCCUUAGCUAUUUGAAAUUGGAUUGGUGGCCCAUAACUCGUGAUUGUGUUGUAUAUCUUUUGGCCGUCUUAACGCUACUCGGUAUCCUAAGAGACGGCAAGGUGAUGUGGUAUGAGGCCAUUGGAUUAAUUGUUGCCUAUUUCGUUUAUAUGUUGAUGAUGUAUCACAAUCGAAAAAUAUCCCAAACGGCUAAAAAACUUCUACUCAAAUGUGGCCUUCAUACUGCCCAAUAUCGGGAAGUUACAGAAUUCACGCCACUGCUAACGAAAAACGAGUCCAAAUUUAGUCUAGCAACUGAGGCGUAUGUAUCCCUUGAAAGGGGUCUGCAUUCAUCCCACUUAAUGUUGUACCUGGAGCAACAAGAGAAACAAGAAAACAUCCGUUCCCCCUGGUCUUGUGAAGGAUACUCCAAAGUGGAAUUUAUUUUCCGUUGGCCAAUAACAUUUAUUCUAUGGUCGACCGUGCCGAAUUGCCGGCAACGAAAUGCUCUGCGGUAUUUAACCUUUGUUUUGGCCAUUGUUUGGACGGGUAUUAUGUCAUAUGUGGUAGCAUUUGCCAUAACCAUUAUAGGUGACACCUUACACAUUCCCGACUCUGUGUUGGGCCUUACCAUAUUGGCUGCCGGUGUAAGUAUACCGGAAGCAAUUUGCAGCAUCAUCGUCACACGACAAGGCCAGGCAUCGAAAGGUCUCAGUAACUCGCUCGGUUCGAAUACAUUUGACAUCUUACUUUGCUUGGGUCUACCGUGGUUUGUCAAAUCCUAUUUUCUGCCCGACAAUCCACAAGAAUUUUCGAUAAUUUUAAAUGCCGAGGGAUUAACAUUUACCGGUGUUGCCCUAUUGACAUCACUGCUGGCAUUGUACCUGAUUUUUGCUCUCAAUAAAUUCACAUUAAACCGGAGAGUAGGUCUAACCUGUCUGGUACUGUAUAUUGUAAUAAUAACUCUAACUACUCUAAUGCAGUUGAAUGUAUUUUUCCCCGUUAAUUUGCCAGUUUGUCCGCAUUAGUUUUAGAGACAAUUGAUGAAAACGUGUGUGAUUUCGUAAUUGGUAAUUUAAUAUAGCUUUAAGAAACGAGUAUAAGCAGGUUUACACAUAUGGAAUCCAGUAGAUUUCAAAUGUCAAAUAGAAGUUAAAAUUCACUUGGUUUCGUAUGUGUAAACGUGCUAUUAUUUUAUAAGUAAAUCUAGUGUUAUAAUAGUAAAUAUUCCUCAACAAUGGCAGAAACUUAAAGUUACAAUUGAAAAAUUGAGUAAAAAGUGAGGUAAAGGUGGAAAUAGAUAAAGCGCUUAUUUGGAACAAAGGAGUUUUUGGUUGCCUUAGUUCGAUUUUGGCCCAUGGCUCCUUUGUUCAUUUCCGAAGAAUCCAGCCAAAUAAGAGCUUUAUGUACUCCCACCCUAAGACUGUGGGACAAAUGCAAAAUCCGACCCUACUCUAACUCCCAGAAUAUCUUAUAUCUGUAAAAUAGAUUUUAUUGGUUUACAUACGAAUAGCUUACAAUAUUUUCAAUAAAUUUAACUUUUUAUAAAAACGAAAAAA